AUGGCUCUCGUGACCAAUCGGCCAGUCCUUCCCAUCCCAGCCGCGGUCGCUACGAUAGGUGAUAUUUCAGCCCGCCUCGACCCCGUCCUGUCCUCGCUCGCCGAGCACAGUCGCGCCGCCGUCGCCUGGGCCGGCGUUUUUGGCUCGUUUGCGCGAGGCAAGCAGACUGACGCGAGCGACGUUGACCUACUCGCGCGGGGUGACGUUCUUGCGCAGCUGGAUGAGACAAUGGGCCGCAAGGUCGACUGCUUCUUCUUGCGCCACGGGCAACCUCUACCCUUUGUGCUCUGUCGCGCACUGUUGCACGCCAGGACAGUUUAUGGUAGCGAGGCGUGGCUCGCGGACAAUGGCGCGCGCGCCAAGGUUCUAUUUGCCGCCACGAUACACAAAGUGCAGACGCUCCUCGGCAUGAUGGAGACGCUCCUUGCCAUACUUGACCGCAAAGCCGAUGAAAUCAGCGCGACUGUGUGCCUGGAACCCGAGACGUUGCCGCCUCAACUUGCAGAUGGCUUGCAAGAGCUCGUGUGCUACAUGUACACGAGGAGCAAUGACCAAGAAGCGAUGGACGCCUACUUUUACGGCGUCUACGACCGACUCCUGCCGAUCAAGAGAAUUUGGGACAAGUACUCCUACCGCGUGCCACAGCAGAUGAAGAGCGGAGAGGGCAGGACCACAACAUUGCCAGAGAUGAGCGUAUGA